AUGAAGAUUCCAUCGCCUUUCAGUUUGAAUAAAUCUACUCACUUUUCUCCACAAAUUUUCUCUUUUAGUCAAUCAAAUUCUUCACAGAAUCUUAUUUUAAUCAUUGGCGGUGCACACUGGCUGACAAAUUCUAUGCUCAAGGAAUUGUCUGCUGUAUUGAAAGGGCCAAAGGCCAAAAGACCGAAAUGGAAGUCAAUUAGUGUCAUCAUAAAGGACCAUUCUGCUGGGUUUCAUUCACCCAUCACGGGUGUGCCCUACUUGAUAUGGCAUAGAAGACAACGGCUGACUGCCGAGAAUGAUGCACUUAUUAAAUCUGCUGAAAGUUAUGGUUGGAAAGUGUUGCGAACAUAUCGAUUAACUUGGUCAAGGCUGGAACACUUUGAAGCCUACGCUCCGUGCUCCUGUCAUUUCCAUCAAGUUAAACGGUUGCCAAGUAGCACUGGGGGAUACACCGUGCAUGGUCCAAUAAACGACGUUAUGCGACAGCAGUUGAUUCGUGCUUUGUUACACCAUUGA